AUGAGCAGCGAAGACGCCCCCGUCGCCCCCGCGGCGGAGAUGGAGAUCCCCGACGUGAUUGAGCGGCUCCCGAAGCCUGACAAGGCCGCGCACGACGCCAAAACUGCCGCGCUGGACACCGCGAUCAAGAACCUGCAGGCGCGCAUGAACGUGGUCCACGCCGAGAUGGACGCGCUCAAGUCGAACCGCGGCGGCUAUGGCGGGCCCAUCCAGGAAGCCAAGGCCGCGUUUGCUGCGUUGCGGGCGGACAAGGACAAUCUGAUCCAGCAGCGGAACCAGAUCACGGCUCGUUUGCGCCAGUCACGCGACGCGAAGGACUCGACCGUGAAGCAGCAGCGCAACCUGCGCGCGAACCUCAAGUUUGGGUCCGAGGCCGAGUUUACCGACGCCAUUGCUGCUCUGAAGCACAAGCAAGAGACGAUCACCAUGUCGCUGAACGAGGAGAAGCGCGUGAUUAAAGAGAUUGAGCAGUUGCAGGCCCAGAAGUUGCAGGUCAGUGCGUUUGUGGGCGACCAGAGCGUCGUGGAGAAGCAAAAUGAAAGUAUACAGGAGCUGCGUGCGUUGCAGACGACGAAGAACGAGGAGAUUGACGAGCUGCAGGAAAAGCUGAAUAAGCAGAAGCAGACGCUGGACGAGCUUUACCGUCUGAAUGAGGAGGAGAACCAGAAGGAUCGAUUUCCAGCGCUGGCGAAAGAGCGCAAGGAGAUCAAAGAACAGCUGGACGAGGCGUUUACGGCUUUGAAGGCACUGCGGAAGGAGUUCAAGGACGCGAACGACAAGUACUACAACAACAUUCGUCUCGUGCGCAAGAAGAAGGAGCUUGAGCGUCAGAAAGAAGAGGAGGAUCGUAAAGCCGAAUACGAGGUCAAGCUUGCUGCUUACGAGAAGGAGAUGGCCAAGAUCCAUCCGUACCAGAAUGAAAUGGACCUUUGCGAUGCUCUUGUGAUGUUCAUCGAGAGAACGUACGCAAACGAGCUGAAGGAUGGGGACGACGAGGCUACUGACACUGACAUUGCACCCAUGGAGCUUGAUGGUAUGAAGCCGUUGGAGCGCAAGGAAGAGGACUUUAUGAUGCUUGGUGGCGGAGGCAAAAAGGGAAAGAAGGGGCGUCAAGGCAAGAAGGCCAAAAAGCCCACCAAGUUAGCCCUACCGCUUGCGCAGAUCAACGCUUUUAGCACAAUUGGUCUGCUGCCGCCAACGGCUGUGGAUGCUGUCCCCGAGACGCUGGCUGCCGUGAAAGCCAAGAAAGCCUGGUUUAAUGAGCAGACGCCAAAUCUGCAGACGGAGAAAUUUACGGAGGCUGCUGUUGAGCCUGCUGUCUCCGCGAAGGAGGCGUCUCCAAAGAAGAAGAAGAGCGACAAGAGUAAGAAGUUUAACGCCGGCGACAAGGACGCCUUCCCCUCGCUCGGUGGUGCUGCUACCGAGCUUCCAUCGUGGGGCCCAGGUAUGGCACCUCCUGUUGCUGGUGAGCUCGCGGCGGCGGAUGAGUUUGCUGAUGCAGACGCUGUGGCGGCUGAGUUUGCUGCCGCCAAUGUCUCGGCGGCUGAGUCUGUUGAUGCCGAUGUCGUGGCAGAAGGCGAGGAGGCCUAG